AUGGCCUCCGAAAGCAACAGGAGCAGCAUGCCUGCGCUGCUCCCAACAAAGCCAGCUCUCUCAAAGUCCACCGUCGCCGAGGUCAUCAAGGCUCUCGAGGUUGCACAUCCCCUCAAGGCAUCACACAUGUGCGCACUCCUGGCCACCUACCCAACACUCGGCAAGGACACGGUGAUACUUCAUCCCUCUUAUUUUGACAUGGCACCUCCCUCCACCGACUCGUAUGUCCCUCACCAACCGCUCCCCUCAAACAAGGUGUUCCUGGCGCCCCUUCAGCACCUCAAUCCCAACCACUGGUCAGUGGUGAGGAUACAACGAGAUGUUGCACAUACAACCAUCAUCAGCCGUCACUACGACCCAAUCCCCUCUCCACAUCGCCUCCAGGACGUUGAGCGUAUGAUGAAGCUCUGGGCAAAACUCCAUCACCCUAACUGGGAUGUGAGAGUGUCAGAAGUUACCGGCCCCAAGGCUGCUACCUCGGCCCUUAGUGGUCUUUACGCCGUGCUAGGGACUGAUGAGUUUCCAGCCAACUGCAGCUUCGCUCCGACUUGGGGGCCCAAGUCACCACAGAGCGCUGUCGUUGCCGCCCUGGAGCGGUAUGAGAGAGCCGCCUCAGCGGACAGCGGGGUGAGUAUGGAUGAGGAGGACGCUUCAAAAGCACCUUCAAGCAGUCAAUCCUCAAAAGGUGGCGCCGCGAAGAAGGGCAUCGGCAUUGGUACUGCAAAGCGCACCAAGGGUUCUCUGGUUCGGAAGCUUGUUAAGGAGAAGAGUCCCGUUACCACACCAAAGAAGGCAUCACCUUUACUCUCCGCAAAGAAUCUACCCCCGAAGCCAAAGGUCCCUGGCACUCCCCAGUCCGAGCAGAAGGCGCAACUCCCGGACACACCAAAACCGAAAGCUCCUGUCACUCCUGUCACCGAACAGAAGCCAUCGUUCAACAGUCCAAAGCACAAACUCCCUGUUACUCCCCAGUCUGAGCUGAAGCAGCUACCUACCAACAGCUCAAAGCUCAACAUCCUGACCAACAUCGACAACAAAACCACCACCCUCCCCCCUACGCCGUCAACCAAGAGACCAAGAUCUGAGACUCUCUCAGAGAACCCCUUGGGGAUCUCUGAGUCACCCGUCAAGAAGAGAUGUACCCCUGAAAACCGGGAUACAAGUGGGACAAUCCAGAGCAUCGGCACCUUCAUCCAAGGGCUUUCCUUCCCUUCACCCGAGCAGGCCGCGGCAGACAUGGAAGGCAGUGACACGGUCAUGAUGGCUGCCAAGUCAAGACUACAGGAGGCGUUGGAGGAGCAAAAUACAUGCUCUCUGGAGUACGCAGAAAGGUUCAAGACCUGCAACCAGCACGAAAACGACUGGAAAGUCUUGGCGCAAAAGAUUGCACAGGACACCAAGAGCCUAGAGAACUGGUUCAAGGACAUGCCAACCAUGAACACCAUGACAUCGGAACAAUGCGAGCAGAUCCACAAAGCCUUCGAGUCGAACCUUGACCAGCACCGCAACACACUAAAGGAGAAGCACGCCAAGAUGGAGAGUUCCCAGAUGCUGCUCAAGUCGGCUCAGGAGGUAUGGGACGCCAACAAGAUCAAGGUAGCCGAGUUGGAGAUUGCAUUUGCGGAGAAGGAGGCAGAGUAUCGCGAGUUUAUGAAGCGAAAGGAUGUUGCCAAGUUCAUUUCCGAGUUUGGCGACAAGUUUGGUGCUCUCAAGGCCAAGUGGGAGACUUGA